AUGAGGAAGACUAAUUUGUGUGAGAAGGAGGAAGAAGUAGAAGGGGUGACGGUGGAGGCUGAACAAGGGGAUGAGGAGGAACAAGUAGAGGAAGAGCCGUCAUUCAUCACCCCUCCGCCCGCGGCGGAGACUCGUUCCGCGGACCUGAGCGCCUUACCCGCCGACGUGUGGGUGCGCAUCGCAAAUGUGGUGGCGGAGAGAGAGAGUGCGAAUGCUCGUGGCCGCUCGUGCCGUGCGCCAUCGCCUUGCCGUGCCAUCCCCUCCCAUCCGUGCCUUCUCUACUCCCUCUCGCAAGCCCCGUGCCUCGAGUCGCUCCUUAUUGAGCAUGGCAUUGGGUCGGACAGCGAUCGGGACAUGCCACGGAAGCACUGCAACGAUCCUGUGAUGGUGGCGGAAAUGUUGGAAAUAAUUUCAAUCAUGGAAGAAGCGAAUAAAAAUUACAAGGACAGGCCAUUUCCCGUGCUGCGCCGUCUGAGUCUCUACUUGUCCGCGUGCUUGCCUCUCAUCCUCUGCUUCAUCUCCGCCCAGCUGCACUCUCUUGAUCUUGCUGCUGAGGAUCAGUUCGCGGCACUGGAGGGCAAAGAGGGCGCUAUAAGCAGCAAGAACGCGCGUGAGAGGGACGCGGACGUACGAUCGUCCUUCUCACUUGACCUAUCGGUAGCCACUGUCGUCAGACUCAACGGGCUCAACUGCUCGAUCUCGCUCUCCGCCCCUCGUCUCUUCUCCCUCUGUUUUCAAUGGCGGUCCCGCGAUUCCCGCCUGCUCCUGCUCCCCACCUGCCCCGCGCACGUGACAUCUCUCUUCCUUCAGACCGACCCGAUCUGUCCCUGGGCAUUGCACGUGCCUCACCUCACGUCGCUUCACUCCCUCUGCACCGACAUGGAUUCGGAGCAGGCGACAUGCCUCCCACCAGGUGUGAUAAAGACCGUCAAGGUCCUCGAGUGGAGGAAUCCUAUGGAUUCCCAGUCACUGGACCUGAGUGCUUGGCACGGCCUGCGUUGCCUUCAUGCUGUCGGCUGGGCCCCUGUGUCCCUGUCGGUGUUUCGCUCGGCUGAGGUCUGGUCGUGUGACUUGGAGGGGAUGUUUUUCUCUAGUAUUGGGAGCAAGGUUGUGGGGUUUUUCGAGAGUGGGUUGGGAGGAGGCGGUGGGGGGGAAAUCUUGGGAACGAGCCAUGGAGGGAAGGGCACAUCGAGAGACCGAGCCCUGCCUCUGCGCCACAAGGAGGGGAGGUCCUACUACAACGUGCAGCCUGGCGACAACCUGACAAAGAUUGCUGGCCAGCUGGGAAGCACCGUGGAGAUCCUCAUGCAGGCCAACUCACUCCUCUCAGACAUCUUACACCCCGGCCAGAGCCUCUGGGUUCCGCACACGUACACCAUUGCAAAUGUGUGUUCCCGCACAUACACCCUUUAG